CCCUGGCUCUUCCUUCUUUUAGUUUCCUUUCUGAGCGUAGGAAGAACAUUGUGUGAAGAACCACAAUGGCGGACGCUGCUCCAGCCCGUGGUGAUUUCCGUGGAGGCUUUGGUGGAAGAGGCCGGGGGAGAGGAGGACGUGGACGUGGAAGGGGUAGAGGAAGAGGAAGAGGAAAGGAAGGUGAAAAGGAAUGGGUUCCUGUCACCAAACUUGGAAGACUUGUCAAGGAUAAGAAGAUCAAAUCUCUUGAGGAAAUUUAUCUCUUCUCUCUGCCCAUCAAAGAAUUUGAGAUCAUUGAUUUUUUUCUUGGAUCCUCACUCAAAGACGAAGUCCUCAAGAUAAUGCCUGUUCAAAAGCAGACAAGAGCUGGUCAAAGGACCAGAUUCAAGGCUUUUGUUGCCAUUGGUGACUACAAUGGACAUGUUGGUCUUGGAGUGAAAUGCAGCAAGGAAGUGGCAACAGCUAUCAGAGGUGCCAUUAUCCUUGCCAAACUCUCCAUCAUCCCAGUCAGACGAGGAUAUUGGGGUAACAAGAUUGGCAAACCACACACUGUGCCCUGCAAGGUGACUGGAAAAUGUGGAAGUGUUCUGGUGAGACUUAUUCCAGCACCUAGGGGAACAGGUAUUGUGGCUGCUGCUGUUCCCAAAAAACUGCUUCAAAUGGCUGGGAUUGAGGAUUGCUACACUUCAGCACGUGGUUCAACAUGCACCUUGGGCAAUUUUGCCAAGGCUACAUAUGCUGCAAUAGCCCAGACAUAUGCCUACUUGACACCAGACUUGUGGAAGGAGACUGUAUUCACCCAAUCUCCGUAUGAAGAAUUCACUGAUUUUCUGUCCAAGUGUCAUCGUCCUGUUGGCACUCAAAGACAGGAACAAAGGGCCUACUGAUGAUGGAUAGGCUUGACCUUCUUGUCAAAUAAACCCCAGAAGGUGAAAGAGAGAAAGAGAUUUCCUUUUUUUGAAGGCUUGAUAUGUUUUCUUUAGUGUUUUAAUACUGAAAACACAUAAUUGAGG